AUGCCCCAGAACCAGAAGAAGAGCUUCACGGAUACCCUGGUGCUAGUGAAGUGGCCUUGGGCGAGCCUUGAUGAUACGACAGACACCAAAAGAGGUGCUGCGCAUGACGGUAGCGGCUGCACAAGAAGGGCGCUAAUCCAGCGUAUGAUUGAGCGGUCUGCCAAUGGAACGAGGCACAGGGUCGGUUAG